UUCAUAGUAAUCUGGCUGGACGCGUCUCUCCGAUCCACUGUGUUUUCUUUGAAGAAAGGUUUUUAACGACUGCGAGACGAUCGGGAUCCUCUCCGAUGAUCUGCAUCCUGCUGGUGGCCGGUCACGGCACCGUGUUAGAGGCACAGAUCCAGAAUGACGACACAGGACUGUACAGCCACCUGUCCGGGGUUCCGAAGGCCCUGCUUCCAGGCACCGGGGGGAAGAAGAUCCUUGACUUUUGGUGGGAAACCGUAAACAUGAGGCAGCUCUUCACUGAAGUCUACCUGGUCACCAACGCAGACAAGUUCAAGCAUUUCGAGCGCUGGGCCACGGCCAACGACUUCCCCGUGGAGAACGUGGUGAACGACGGCAGCACCACGCUGGAAAACCGCCUGGGCGCUGUGGCCGACCUGGAGCUGGUCGUACGCAGCCGCGGCCUGCAGGACGACAUCAUGGUGAUCGCCGGAGACAUGCUGUGUGCCGACCAGAACUUCGACAUCGCUCAAGUGAUCCGAUUCUUCCGCUCAAAGCCUGGAGAGCUGAUGAUCUACUACGAGCUGGAGGAGAGCGAGAGCAGCAGCAGCCGGGGCAUGGUGGAAGUCUGCCCCGACACCCACAGGAUCAGCCGCUUCCUGGAGAAGCCGCGGCCCGGCCUGACGGCGUCCCGCCUGGCCAGCGUGGUGUUUUACUGCAUCCGGAAGGAAACGCUGCCCCACAUGUGUGACUACCUCGGCCUGCAGCCUCGGGCCAGCGACAGGAGCUUCGGACGCUUCUGGGAGUGGCUCAUCAAUGAGAAGCAGCAGGACGUGUUUGGGAUGAAGCUCCCGACCGGCUUCCAGCUGAUCGGCCAGGUGAGCCUCUCUGACUACACCAAGUGGCUCACACACUACUCCUGCAAGCAGCAGAACAAACCCGCCAAGCCCAUCACCUGCCGCUCCUACGCCAGGGUGGGCCUGAUGGGAAACCCCUCCGACGGCUUCCACGGGAAAACCAUCGCCAUGUCCAUCUCCAACUUCUGGGCCGAGGUCACUCUGGUGGAGAGCCAGACUCUGGUUUUACUGCCUCAUCCUCUGAACGACCCCACGGAGUUCGGCAGCCUGCAGGAUCUGUUCUGCAUCAGCAGGAAGGAAGGGUACCUGGGGGGCCUGCGGCUGCUGCAGGCCACCUGUAAGAAGUUCUACCAGUUCUGCUCCAAGCAGGGCAUCGCUUUGACGAAACAGAACUUCACACUCAAGUACGACACAAACAUCCCUCGACAAGUGGGUCUGGCUGGCAGCAGCGCGAUCGUCUCGGCCACCUUGAAGUGUCUCAUGAAGUUCUACAACAUCACCGACCAAGAUCUGCCGAAGCCAAUCCGAGCCAACUUCAUCCUGAACGUGGAGACGGAGGAGCUGUUCAUCACGGCGGGGCUGCAGGACCGGGUGGUGCAGGUCUACGAAGGCCUGGUCUACAUGGACUUCAGCAGGGAGCUGAUGGAGCAGCAGGGCUACGGUCAUUACAUCCCCCUGGACAUGAGUCGCCUGCCGCCGCUGUGGCUGGCUUACCUGAGCGACCCCAGCUACUCGGGCCGCAUCCACAGCAACAUCCGGCAGCGCUGGCUGAGCGGAGAGCAGGAGGUGGUGGAGGCCAUGAAGACCUUCGCCCAGCUCACCGACCAGGCCAGGGCUGCCCUGCAGGACGGAGACUGGCCCCGCCUGGCGCAACUCAUGGACCAGAACUUUGACCUGCGCAGGUCUGUGUACACCGACGAGUGUCUGGGCCCCGGAAAUCUGAAGAUGGUGGAGCUGGCGAGGCAGUCGGGCUCCGCCGUGAAGCUGCCGGGCAGCGGGGGGGCCGUGGUGGGCCUCUGUCUGGACCAGGACAAACUGGUGGCGCUGAGGCAGAGCUUCCAGCAGGCCGGCUGUGUCUUCUGUGUCCUCUCUCCUUACAACCCCUCUGCCCAGGGGUCUGCUGGGGAACGACCUCCCACUGCACCCCCAGAGUAAUCAGAUUACUCUCAGGCUCUGCUCGCUCCGCUCUGUGAGAACAAAUCAGUGUUUUUAACCUGAAUACAGUAAAGCUGGUGCUGUUUAAACACAAGUUAAAUUUUCCAACCUUAAUCUGAAACUUCAUGUUUUAAUGUGAAAAAGUUUACUAUGAAAUGAGAGUGUGGGCGUGGUCUAAUUAACUAUUGAUAUUUUCAGCUUUUUCAUUGGUGGUUAGCAUCUUCAGUUUCUGUCAGGAAAUAAUCUGAGAAUAUUCAUGACUGAAAAAUAACACUACAGAUCAGGAUGCGGUUGCAGUUCUUCAUGUAUGGUCCCAGACGGUUUAGAUCGCUUUCCUGGGCGUUCUUUAAAUGUUAGAAAAACUCUUCAGAUUGAAACUCGGGGAAUUUGUACAAUAAAUGUAAAUCUUUUUUGUAAUUAAAAACAACUUUU